GUUCCAGCGCCAGGCAGUCAGUCUCUACUCCGACUGGCCAAGGCUGCCUCAUAUGGAACUUAGCCUCAUAUGGAUAGCCUCAAGCUAUCCAGCGUAACACUGAAAUAUACAGAGUACAAGGGAUACUGGCAUGAAACCAGACAUACACACACAGACACAGGGAUAUACAGCUGUGUGAGGAGCCGGACACACCGUCAGACCAGACGAAGGGAGGCCGAGUGUGUGUGUGCGUGUUUCUUUGACCUGUGGCUGUAGAGCAUUUUCUUGGUGUGUGACGGCAGUUGUCAUCUCGUGUUCUUUACCUGAUGCCGUGGGAUUUCCUGACCCUGGAGUUCAACAGCUGACCCAUGCAGGCAUAGAAUCAGCUUCCCUGAGUUGUGGACCUGGAACACAGCUAAAGGUGCUGAGCAGUGCUGGUACUUUGCUAGCCUUUCCAUGGAAUAUGUUCUAAUUCAGGCAAAAAGUUCUCAUGCUACAACUAUGAAACAACAGGCACAUUUUCUGCAGAGAUAUGCUACUUUGUCUGACACAGCAAAUAAUCAAGGACUGUCUUUGCUUAGCCUAAAAUAAUUGAAUCAGGAAAGCCAACGCCAACUUUGUCCAGUCUGUUUUCUUUGAUAAAAGAGGUGGGAGCUAGUACCUCUCAAAUUACUGACUGUGGCUGUGCAUUCAUUCUGUUGAUUCUCCUAUUUAUUUUAUUCUGGUUUCUUUGUGCGCACUAAAAGGAAAAACUUCAUUGAUGUUUUUUUUUGCCGAUAUCCCCCGCUUUCGUGAACCACGCGUUGCCUUUUCGCGGGUUUCGCUUACCCAUCAGCUCCUCUGCCCACACACAGCUCGAGCCUCCCAGCUGAUAUUUCACCUCAGUCACUGACAGUCACAGACGUCGGCAUAAACCGGAGCUUGACAUGGAGGGAGUAAACUCAAUUUAAGCCUAACAGGAUGAGGAUGCAGGGAGAGAAACUGUUGCUGGUUUUUCUUCUGCUGCUGGGUGCCUGUCUCCAGUGGGUCCAGUCUGGCAGGUCCUCCCGGCACCGUGAUUCACACCGACGCCCCAGAGAGCACCGGGACCAUCGGCAGCACCGGAACAUCACGCUGGCCAUCAUCCUACCACAGAGAAACACUGCCUACCCCUGGGCCUGGCCCCGUGUGGGUCCGGCUCUGGAACGAGCCAUUGACACCAUCAACACUGACCCAGCGCUCCUCCCUGGCCACCACCUGGGUUACGUGUUUGAGAACAGCGAGAACGAGGAGGGCAUCUGCUCUGAGUCCAUCGCCCCACUCAUGGCUGUUGACCUCAAGUUCGCCCACGACCCCUGGGCUUUCAUUGGGCCGGGCUGUGACUACACCUCCUCCCCAGUGGGCCUCUUCACCACCCACUGGGACAUCCCCAUGGUAACGGCGGGCGCCCCAGCCGUGGGCUUCAACGGAAUCAACAUGUACCCGUCCAUCACCAACACGGGCCCCACGCACAAGAAGCUGGGCAAGUUCGGCCUCCAUAUCUGCAAGCACUUUGAGUGGAAGGAGCAGGUGCUGCUCAUGUUCAGUGACAACAAGAAGGACGACCGACCGUGCUACUUCGCUGUGGAGGGCCUCUACACAGAGCUGCACUUGAACAACAUCACCUCGGUGGACCUGGUAUUUGAGGAGAACACUGGACCAGUCAACUACUCUGACCUGCUCCACAACAUCAAGCAAGAUGGCCGAGUGGUGUUUGUGUGUUGCUCUCCGGACACAUUCAGGCAGCUGAUGGUUCACUUCCGGCGGGCAGGCCUUCCUCAGGAGGAGUUUGUUUUCUUCUACAUUGACAUGUUUGGACACAGCCUGGACUCCCAGAAUGCUCAACCGUGGGCCAGAGGGGACCAAGACGACCUUGUCGCCAAGGAGGCCUUCCAGAGUGUGAAAAUCCUGACCUAUAGAGAACCACAGAACCCUGAAUAUAAAGAUUUUGUGAGGGACCUGAAGACAGAUGCCAAGAGAAUGUUCAACUUUACGGUGGAGGACUCACUGAUGAACAUAAUCUCCGGAGGGUUCUACGACGGGUUGAUGCUGUACACCCACGCCCUGAAUGAGACCAUGACCUCACCAGAGGACAGACCUGUGGGGAAAACCGUAACCAGGAGGAUGUGGAACCGCACCUACAACGGUGUAACAGGCCUGGUGCAGAUAGAUGAAAAUGGGGACAGAGAGACAGACUUCGCUUUCUGGGACAUGACUGACACCAACACCAGUGUUUUCCAGAUUGUGUCCGUGUACAACGGCUCUCAGAAGAAGCUGAGGGCCUUGCCUGGGAUGGACAUCCAGUGGCCAGGGGGAGCUGCUCCUUUAGAUGUGCCCGUCUGUGGCUUUAAGAACGACAACCCAGCCUGCCUCGCACGAACCAUCACAAUCCACCAGAUGGUAACAAUUGUGGUGUUCUUCAUCAUUAUCAUCAUCCUCACCAUUACUGUCUUCAUAUACAGGAAGCUCAAGCUUGAAAAUGAACUGGUGGCUCAGCUGUGGAGAGUCUCCUGGGAGGAUAUUCAGAUGAGCAACAUGGAGAAAGUGCUGCGAAGCGCAGGCAGCAAGCUCACUCUGUCCCUGAGAGGCUCCAACUACGGCUCCCUAUUAACAGGAGAUGGAAACUUUCAGGUGUUUGCCAAGACAGGCUAUUACAAGGCGAACAUUGUGGCCAUCAAAUACAUCAACAGAAAACGCAUUGAGCUCACCAGAAAUGUGCUGUUUGAACUGAAACAUAUGCGUGAUAUUCAGAAUGAGCACCUGACCCGCUUCAUCGGAGCCUGUAUCGACCCCCCCAACAUCUGCAUCAUCACAGAGUACUGUCCUCGGGGUAGCUUACAGGACAUCAUGGAAAAUGAGAGCAUCACACUGGACUGGAUGUUCAGAUACUCGUUAAUUAAUGACAUUGUAAAGGGCAUGGCUUUCCUCCACAACAGUGUCAUCGUCUCCCACGGCAACCUGAAGUCGUCCAACUGCGUGGUGGAUAACCGCUUUGUGUUGAAGAUCACCGACUACGGCCUGUCCAGCUUCCGCACCGAGAGCAACACAGAUGACGCCCAUGCUUACUAUGCCCGGAAACUGUGGAUGGCCCCAGAGCUGCUGAGGUUGGAGAGUCCCCCUCUAUGUGGCACCCAGAAGGGGGACGUCUACAGCUUUGGCAUCAUUCUCCAGGAGGUGGCGCUACGCCACGGAGCCUUCUAUCUGGAGGGAGAGCCGCUCAGCCCCAAAGAAAUCAUGGAUCGGGUGGCUCUGGGUGAGUGGCCGUGCCUGCGGCCUGCUGUCAACCCUCAGAUCCACAGCCAGGAGCUGGGACAACUCAUGCAGCGCUGCUGGGCAGAGGAGCCCACCGAGAGGCCAGAGUUCAACCAUAUCAAACUGCUGCUACGCAAACAGAACAGGGAGUGCAGCACUAACAUCCUGGAUAACCUGCUGUCCCGUAUGGAGCAGUAUGCUAACAACCUGGAGGAGCUGGUGGAGGAGAGAACCCAGGCCUACCACGAAGAGAAACGCAAGGCUGAGGCCCUGCUCUACCAGAUACUACCACAUUCAGUGGCGGAGCAGCUAAAGAGAGGGGAGACGGUGCAGGCCGAGGCCUUUGAUUCAGUCACCAUCUACUUCAGUGACAUUGUGGGCUUCACAGCCAUAUCAGCUGAGAGCACACCUAUGCAGGUAGUGACCCUGCUCAAUGACCUCUACACCUGUUUUGAUGCCAUCAUUGACAACUUUGAUGUUUACAAGGUGGAGACCAUCGGCGAUGCCUACAUGGUGGUGUCUGGCCUGCCGGUGAGGAACGGGAAGCUACACGGCCGAGAGAUCGCCCGCAUGGCCCUGGCUCUGCUCAACGCUGUACGCACCUUCAAAAUCCGCCACCGGCCUGACCAGCAGCUCAAACUACGCAUUGGCAUCCACAGCGGCCCUGUGUGUGCAGGAGUGGUGGGGCUGAAGAUGCCACGGUACUGUCUGUUUGGAGACACAGUCAACACCUCUUCACGACUGGAGUCCAAUGGUGAAGCGCUGAAGAUCCAUGUGUCUGCGGCCACACGUGACGUCCUGCAGGAGUUCAACUGCUUCCAGCUGGAGCUGAGAGGAGAUGUGGCGAUGAAGGGGAAAGGGAAAAUGACCACCUACUGGCUACUGGGAGAGAGCAAGAGCAACGAGUCAACGAGCUAAGGGGACAAGCCAAGGAGGGAGGAAGGUCAUGAAGGAGGAAAUGGUGGAGGAAAAUGUGAGCAAAUAAUGGGAACCACUGAUUGAUGUUCUGGAGCAAGUAAACAAAUGAAGAGGCCUGGUGAAUGAAUGAGGUGGGGAUUGGGGAGGUAGAUGUGGAAGAAGGAGGAUGUGGAGAACAUUCUUCACUUUAGCCAUCCUGCACUUGAACAUCUAGAUUCUAAGGACAUAUAGAAAGCUACAUGCUCUGAGAGUGUGUGUGUGAUGUUCUGUGUAUAUGUUUUUCCAGUUAUAUUUCGAUGUUGAAGGUUUUGGAUGCAACACUGAUGGUAUUUAGAUUGGUAAAAAAACAAAAUGGUUCACAAACAAACCUUUACAGGAGGUUGUGGAUAUUGCUACCUGGUGGUCACAUUGUGUAACUGUUUUUUGAAUUCAUGUAUUUUAUGAGUACAUAGUAUCCCACUGGGCACGGAAGUCAGUUCAACAUCUAGAGUUGUCAACUAAUUCAAUGUGAAAUUAACAUUGGAUUCAGAAAAAAAGACUAAAUGGCCGUACGUUGAUGACUUUUUUGCAAAUCCAAUCAGUUUCCCACGUUGAUUCAACAUCAUCACAUACAUUUUGGGGGUUGAAAUGACAUGUAAUGACGUUCAAACUUUGGGUCUGGGAUUUAUCAUUUGAUUAAUUUCCACGGUAGUGUUUGUGACAUGUAUCCUCAGACCCCAACCACAAUCACUGAGCCUACUCUGGAGUUAAAAUGACUUGCUUUAUAUAUGUGGGUGGGUGGGUGUGUCUAAUGUCUCAUCAGUGUAUAUGAUUUGUCUGUUUACAGUCAUAUUAGUCUUAUUAUUUUGUACAAUACAGAUGUUGUUUAUUUCUCAAUAGAUUAUUUUUCUAUUGCCUAAAGGGCAAUUCACAGAAAUGCACUUAAGAUAGAUACAUCCUCUUACUCUGGUGAAAUAAAGUCAAGCGUCCCACUUCUUCAACACCGUA